UCAUUCUUUAAGCUUUUUUCUGAAAUUGGGCCCCUAUUCUUCUCUCACUACAUACGUUCCAGUCUUAGCUUCUUUAUCUGUCACAUAGAGAUUCUGCUUCUUCAGCUUUUCUUUAUCUAGGGAAACAAAACAAAGUUUCAUUAUAUAAGAGAGGUUCAGAAAAUCUUUUGAAGAGUGAGAGAUCAGAUGGGGAAUCACAAGUUCAAAUUUUCAGAUAUGAUCCCAAAUGCAUGGUUUCACAAGCUCAAAGACAUGACUAAGCAGUCUAAACCCAAAAACAGAGCUUUUUCUUAUUCUCCCUCAAACACUUGUAACAAGAAAAAACUCUCCUCAGAUUCUAUUCCUCAUAACACUUCAGCCUCUCAUUUCUCCAACAGCUUAGUAGCUUACAGUCCUCACCACAACUCACCAAGAAACUCUAUUCACAGAAAAAGGAUGAGUAAAAGAAAGACACUUUACAAGCCAUCUCCUAAACCAAACACUCCUCCUUUUGCAUCUGCAGGUUUUAACAAGAGCAAGAUCAACGGUCAAGAUUCCUCUCACUGCCCAUUUCCAGCUCUUGAAAGGUCCCCUGAUUAUUUUGUGUAUAGUUUCUACAAAGAGGAGGAAGAUGAAUUCGUUGAUCCUUCCAACUUUAAGAUCAAAACAAACAACAAAGCUUUCACCAAGUACAAGGUCAAAGAGUCUGGUUCCAUAGAGAAAGCUUGUCAUGCAAGUAAGCCAACCAAGAAACCAACUAAAAGCCAUCUUUCUGUGAAGAUAAAUAAAGAGAAAGAAGAUGAAAUAGACUACGAACUCAGAGCAGAGAAGAUAUACCAAAACCAAGUUUCUAGUGGAAGAAAAUCAUUUGCAGGGAUAAACCUCAGAAGAGUAAAUUCACCUAGAAUUCAACUCUCAGGUACGCGUAGAAGCACGUCUAGAUCAGAGAGCAAACAAGCUGUUUUUGAGAGUUUUGCAGUGAUGAAGCGUUCCGUUGAUCCAAAGAAAGACUUCAGAGAAUCAAUGGUGGAGAUGAUAGAAGAGAACAACAUCAGAGCUUCAAAAGACUUGGAGGAUCUUCUUGCUUGUUACCUUUCCUUGAAUCCAAAGGAGUAUCAUGAUCUUAUCAUCCAGGUUUUUGAGCAAAUAUGGCGUCAACUUACUAAAACCAAGUAAAACAAAAUCUCAUAAUGUAAUGGUAAUUAACCUCCUGUAACAUUAAUAUUAGUAUCAUUCUGUCUUGUGAAGUUGUUGUGGCUCUUUGAAGCACAGUUUGAUGUUCUUUUUUAAUUUAUUUUUUCUUCCUCUUUUAGUCAAUGGAACCAAAUAAUAAUAGUA